GGCGCUUUCCGCUUCCGCCCGGUGCCCUUGCCGCUCCGUGUCCCGGCGGGAUGUUGGCGGCGGCGGCCAGGGGCCUGGCGCGGGCCGCGCUGCGAGCUGGCGCGGCACCGGCGGCGGCGCGGGCCCGGCUGGCGGGGAGCUCUGCCGGGGAGACUCGCCCUACUGUCAGACCAAAAAAUGAAGUAGAACAGAAGCAGCUAUGUGCUUUUGGGGAGUAUGUGGCUGAGAUUCUGCCAAAGUAUAUCCAGCAAGUACAGGUGACCUGUUUCAAUGAGCUGGAACUUUUGAUCCAUCCAGAUGGAAUCAUUCCAGUUCUGACCUUCCUUCGCGAUCACACGAAUGCCCAGUUCAAAUCCUUGGCUGACUUGACUGCUGUUGAUGUCCCAUCUCGGCAGUAUCGCUUUGAGAUUGUGUACAAUCUCCUGUCCCUGCGGUUCAACAGUCGGAUCCGUGUAAAGACGUACACAGAUGAGCUGACACCUGUUGACUCAGCAGUGUCUGUGCACAAGGCAGCAAACUGGUAUGAGAGAGAGGUUUGGGACAUGUAUGGUGUUUUCUUUGCCAACCACCCUGAUCUAAGGCGAAUCCUCACAGACUAUGGGUUUGAGGGCCAUCCCUUCCGGAAGGACUUCCCACUCUCUGGUUACGUGGAGGUGCGGUAUGAUGAUGAAGUGAAACGGGUAGUGGCAGAGCCUGUGGAGCUGUCUCAGGAAUUUCGCAAGUUUGAUCUGAAUAGUCCGUGGGAGGCAUUUCCUGCUUAUCGUGCAGCUCCAGAACCCCUGAAAAUAGAAGCAGGAGCCAAGAAAGAAGAUGCAAAAUAGCAGCAGAAUGGAGCGGAUGCCCGGCACCAUCCUUUCUGUUCUAACAUAGUAUUUAUAAUAAUAAAAAUUGAUAUGAGAUA